AUGAUACUAAGAACAGUUUCUGGGGGCAUCGUCCUGUUCCUCCUACUUAGCGGAUCAAUUGUUGCUCAGGACGACGAUUCCUUGGCUGGUAGCUUCAUAACAGGUUUACUAGAUUCCAUAACGAGCACAGCAAAUAGCGCAGAUUGUCCAGGUGUGUGUGUACACGCAUUUGCAACAUUAAUAUGUUACGAAGUUCUGGAGCACGUGCAAUGCCCAGGUAGCAUGCGAUGUUGUAUCGAAGCGCCUAUAAAUGGUACCGGAACUUCUGAAAAUAUUUCCAGUGACGAUGGUUCAACUUCGACUAUGUCCACUACCGUUAAAACAACGACAACAACUACAACCACGACUACACCGUCGACGACUACAGCAUUAACAACCCUGCCUUCAACAGCUUCGUCGAAAGUUACCCCAGAUAAUCAGAAGGAAACAACUGACAAAGCAUCAACAAAAGGAUGUACUGGAAUUUGCAUGGCAGAGAGAAUAGCCGACUAUUGCGAUGCCGUUUUAAUGAUAGACAGUCUCUGCAAGCCAGGAUACAAAUGUUGCGUGUCUAGAGACGAGUAUGGAGAAUCACCACCAGCGGAAUUGCUGGUAAUUGAUCGUACAAAUUCAAGUCGCUUCGAUGAGAAAACUGGUGUGAAUACAUCGCACAAAGGUUCUUCGACCCUUGCUACCGUACGACCAAAUACGGCUAUUUCUACGAGCGUGUCCACGACUAUGACUACAACUACUACUGUAACAACGAAACAGCCAACGACGACGAUAAGGCCAAAGAUUUCUGGAAAGAAACCAUGUAAAGGGGAAUGCGUCAGUGGAUUCUUCGCCCUUCUCUGCGACAAAGUUGAUGGAGAAGCUGAAUGUCCUGACGAUGGAUCUUGUUGUGUUAUCGAUGCGUUCAUUAAAACGGAGACGACAACGACGACGACAGUUCGACCAACCACGAAGCCAUCGCAACCAAAAUUACAACCCUGUCCAGGAUUUUGUUUGUUAACUAUUAUGGCAGCUUUUUGCGAACGACCGAAUAUAAUAAUACCGAAGACAUCGACCUGUCAAUCCGGAUCUAUUUGUUGUGACAACACAAAAACCUCGCCGCAGAAAAUAAACGUAGUGACACCAUCUUCUUCGUAUCAGACUCCAAGGCCAAGGCCAAGGCCCACGCCAAGACCUGCGCCGAUUACUACGGUUUCUUUGCCGCCAGAUCCUCGACCAGAGUGUCCUGGUUCCUGCAUCGUUUCUUAUUUAUCUUUCACCUGUUUCAGAAAUGCCGAACUAACAAACUUAUUCAAGUGUAAGAAACAACGGCAUCAGUGUUGCGCACCAAAGUCAUUAAUACGAGAAUUUAACGAAGGAAAUUCUACCGAGCCGAUUUCGAUUAACAGAAAUGAUACCAUGUAUGUCACGACGAAACCGUAUACGACAUCUCUUGCAACAACAAUGUUCGAAACAACGCCAAUGACGACGACCGUCAGAAGUCCAGUUUACAGUAAAUACGUGUGUGGUGUAAAGGGAACUUAUCGUGGACCAAUUCAAGCUCGUAACUUGAACAGAGGAGCGCGAGUUGUUGGAGGAGAAGAUGCGGAUGCCAAUGAGUGGUGUUGGCAAGUCGCUUUAAUCAAUUCCCUCAAUCAAUAUCUCUGCGGAGGUGCCCUCAUAGGGACGCAAUGGGUCCUCACCGCAGCACACUGUGUAACAAAUAUCGUGAGAUCUGGAGAUGCGAUUUACGUAAGGGUAGGAGAUCACGACUUGACGCGAAAGUACGGAAGUCCAGGUGCUCAAACUUUACGAGUAGCGACGACUUAUAUUCAUCACAACCACAACAGUCAAACUCUUGACAACGAUAUAGCGCUAUUAAAGCUUCACGGGCAAGCAGAACUAAAGGAUGGCGUUUGUCUGGUAUGUCUACCUGCGCGAGGAGUCAGCCACACAGCUGGCAAACGAUGCACCGUCACUGGUUAUGGAUACAUGGGGGAAGCUGGCCCUAUUCCUCUUCGGGUACGAGAGGCUGAAAUUCCAAUCGUGAGUGAUGCUGAAUGCAUACGGAAAGUGAAUGCUGUAACUGAAAAGAUUUUCAUCUUACCAGCGAGUAGCUUUUGUGCUGGUGGUGAACAAGGCAACGAUGCAUGUCAGGGAGAUGGAGGUGGUCCUUUAGUCUGUCAAGAUGACGGCUUCUACGAAUUGGCUGGACUCGUAUCGUGGGGCUUCGGUUGUGGGAGAUUGGACGUUCCUGGUGUUUACGUCAAAGUUUCGGCGUUCAUUGGCUGGAUUAACCAAAUUAUUUCCGUAAAUAAUCUUUAGUUUCUUUUUAUAUAUUGUUAAUAAAAUUGAAAAUAUUUAUUUAUUAAGAAAUUGUAGUACCUUAACGCGCGCUUGAUGUCGUAACAAUUUUCUGUUACGUGUCUAGCAACGUGGAAGAAAGUUUGUUUUGAUGCAUGGUAAAUGUACGACAAAUUCGUGCAAAGAAAUUUGUCAUUCUGAAAUUGUUACAAUAUUUGUAAUAUAUGUAACGUAAAUAUUAUAGCUUUAACAGUAAAAAAUAAAUAAAUUUUGUAAUGACAUUACGAUUCUAGGUAAUUAAUAUAGUAAACUUCUGUUUAUCCAUUUUAUUUUAA